AUGGUUCAAAUAAAUAAACUUUUAUUACAAAUAAUAUCAAUUGUAGGAUUAUCAGCUUUGGUUAGUUCAUCUGAUAUGUCAUGUAGUGAAAUUAAAGAAUUAACAAAUCAAUUUUUUGAAGAACCAGUAUCUAGUACUAUGGUUUGCCUUUCAUUUUAUUCAUCUCAUGCUUGGAAUAUGUAUCAAAUAAAUGAUGAAGGAUUUGGUUUAUGGAAUCUCAAUAAAGAUUUUUGUUACACAUUGUGUAAAGAUUUUUGCAGUAGUGAAAAAGAUUUACUUAAUCCAAAAGUAAAUGCCCAAUGUGCAGAAUUAGUAUACCUUCAAUAUGGUUAUAGAUAUUGGGGUGGGUUUUUAGAAAAAUGUAAAGAUUGGAAAGAAUGUGCCACUAGAGAUCCAAAAGAACAAAAUGAAGAUUCAUGGCCAAGAGAAGACUCAUGGCCAAGAGAAGACUCAUGGCCAAGAGAGGAUUCAUGGCCAAGAGAAGAUUCAUGGCCUGAAGAAAAAUAA